GCUGCGGUUCUAGGUCGAUCGAUAGUGUGAGAGUUUUCAGGCGGCGUUGUUCAGAGCGAGGUCCCGGCAAUGUCAGAACCACCGGCGGCGACAACGUUUGCGGAAGUUGCAAAUUGCCGUGGGAGAGACCACAUUUGACAAUAGCCGCGACAGGGGAAACCCUUGUGCCCAGGUGUCUCAACAUUAUCCACUCAAGUACUAGUCGUCCUGUUCCUGUCGGCAUCUGUCUUUCGGCUCUGGGAAUUCGUCCCGCGGUGUGAACGUUACCCAGUUGUCGGUGAAUGGGCGUCAUGGCCUCCCCUCAGCCUACCCCUCACCGCCCGUCUCUGGAGAAGUGGGCGCGAGUCGUGCGUUUUGCCCGGAUGGCCCACGCCAUGAAGCCGCCGGACAAGUCGGGUCUGCCCGCGCCCGAAGUCCGCGUGUGCGCCUUCACGACCUGGUCCGUGAGGAGGAGGAACAGCGACGAGAGGGCCAAAAACGCCUUCAACAAACCCACUCAGAGCUCGGGUGGCGGCGGUAAAGUGUUCAGCCUGUCCGGGCAGAGGAAGACGUACCUGCCCCGUGAUGAGGAGUACUACACCAUCCCGUAUGACGAGGAACCACGGAUCACUGUGGACGUGACAUGUACGAUAUGUAAAGGUUUUGAGCGGUCGGCUAAGAUCCAGUGCCGUGUGUGCGGCCGGAACUGUCACACCAACUGUUUCGAGCGGCGGUACCGGGGAGACGAGCAGGCCAUGGAGGCGUCCAAACGCGCGGACACCGAGGCCGGAUGGACUUGUGCCGACUGUGAAAACCUCGGCCAGCUUUUAGACGAGUACGAAACAAGUCUGCUGAUGGACAAGUUCGACGAAUACGACUCGGACCAGAGUACCCAGAUCACCCUAGAGGAGUACAUAGAGUUCCAGAAGGACCUGUGUUUGGAGUCGGAGGGGAUCGAGCUGAGUAAAGAACGGGAGGAGGAGGAACGGGAACUGUUUGGGAACAUCGACAUCAGCGGGGACGGCGCCAUCAACUGGUGGGAGUUCCUCACGGCGAAGAGCAUCCACUUCCUCAAGAAAAAACCAAAGUCCUACGUGUUGAAGCAGCUGAAGCCGCGAGAGAUCAAGCGCAUCCGGGACAUUUUCAAGGUCAACGACAUGAGCCAACAUGGCGUCCUGGACUAUGACGAGGCGGUCAAAGUCAUGAAGGAGUGGAUGAACAGUGUCGGCCUGGAGUCCCCGGAUGGAGACUACUCUAAGUAUCUGCUGACGUCAUCGUGUGUGAUCCCCUGGGACACUUUCAUCCGGGAACACGCAGUCACUAUCAUCGCCGCUCGGCCCAACAACGUCGGCAAACAACACUUCUUACCUGUCAAGAGAAAGAGCUGAGGGGACUGUGACACAUGUGGGGGAGGGGGGCGAUGUGAGCAACGUCACGAUAUAUGAACUAUGGAACAAUGGGCAAAUGUAGUAAAGCACUGCACAAACGAUAAGCUAGGCAUUGAUAUGACAUAUCAGACAUACGAGGGAACCUGAGUGAGUGGGAAACAUGUCAAUUAAAAGAAGAUAGUGAUUGUAUCUGGACGGACAACAAGGAUCCUUAUGAACAUUUAUGAACGUUGGAGAUGUCAACAAACAAACAAACAAACAAACAAACAAGCAAGUUUGAGAAUAGAAGGCACUGCCUUUCAUCAAUUGUAGAUUUCUACAAAGAUCUCACAGUUACAUGAAGCAAAACUAGUUUGCUUCAUGAAUUCAGGACUUUCAGUGACUUUUCGUUGCUAUACCACACUGAUGCUAUUGUAGGAAAGUCUUCAAUCAUCAAUGUCUUAACUUUAGGCUCUACUGUGCCGCUCUACAAAUGUAGUAAAAAGACGCUUGUAGUAGAAUAUCUACAACACACUGUGAGAUCGCCAGGUUGAAAGACUUGCUUAUACCAGUAGAAUUAUAACAUUAAAACUGCUGAUUCAAAUACAGAGGACUAGUCUGUGACAUAAUAUUGUCUGAA